GGAAAAAAAUGAAAUUACGCUCACAUUGCACCUGCAUCAGUGUAGACAAUGUUCAGCAAUAACAACAGCAUCUCAAUCAAUGUCUCCGACGAAGACUCCGACAAUCACGCCGAGAAGUUGCGUCUCCGAGCCAGACGCAAACGCAAGAAAUCUGCGCCACGUGGCACCUGUAAAUUACUCUCCCGCCUUCUCCGUCGCUGGUGGCCGGUGUUUCUCUUCCUUCCGGCCGCCGGACUUCUCGUUUUCGAGGCCUCUAGUUUAGGUCGCAAGCACACUCCUUCAAUUAACUCGAAUAUCGCGACUCAGAAAACGCACGAGUUGAUUACAGAGAAAAAAUCGCAGACGAAUUUGAAUCGGUUAGAUCCAACUACUCGAGUUGUUGCCGGUGUUAGAGAACGUUGUUUGAAGCUUCUUCCGCAGGAAGAACUUCAACGGUUGGAAAUCCCAGUUAAAAAGGUGUUUGUCGAUCCUAUCAAAAAAUUGACAUACAUAUCGGAAAGCGAUACACCUGAUAAUGUUCAAACUCGUCAGCCGAUGGAUACCUCAAGAUUUAAUCUGUUCACUGGAAACCAAUCUUUUGAGCAAAGAGAGCAUUCUUUUAAAAUUGUGAAUGAAAUGUCCAGGGUGCAUUGUGGUUUCUAUAGUAAGGAUGGUGGGUUUAUAAUCUCUGACGAUGACAAAAGUUUCAUGCAAACAUGCAAAGUAGUUGUAUCUACUUGCACUUUUGGUGGCGGAGAUGACCUUUAUCAACCUAUUGGAAUGUCAGAGUCAUCACUUCAGAGGGUUUGCUAUGUGGCAUUUUGGGAUGAAAUCACACUGGCUGCACAAGAAGUAGCAGGGCACAAAGUUGGCAAGGACCACUUCAUUGGAAAGUGGCGCAUCGUGUUAGUUCAAAAUCUUCCUUUCAGUGACCAGAGGUUGAAUGGUAAAAUCCCAAAGAUGCUGGCUCAUCGUCUCUUUCCUCAAGCAAGCUAUUCUAUCUGGGUAGACUCAAAAUCUCAGUUUAGGAGGGAUCCUCUCGGUGUGCUGGAAGCUCUUCUUUGGCGUUCGAAUUCUAUACUUGCAAUAUCGGAACAUGGAGCUAGAAGUAGUGUUUAUGAUGAGGCAAAGGCUGUUGUAAAAAAAAACAAAGCCACCCCCGAAGAAGUGGAGAUACAACUGUCUCAAUACCGCCUAGAUGGCCUUCCAGAAGAUAAGAGGUUUAAUGGAAAAAAAGCUCUCUCUGAGGCCUCAAUAAUUGUACGGGAACACACACCAUCAACUAAUCUGUUCAUGUGCCUUUGGUUUAAUGAAGCGGUUCGUUUCACUUCUCGUGAUCAACUGAGUUUUCCAUAUGUUCUCUGGCGGUUGAAAGUGUUGAAGAAUAUUAAUAUGUUCCCUGUUUGCACUCGGAAAGAUCUUGUUAAUAGCAUGGGACACAUAAGGAAGGCCAAGCCUCUAGUAACUUAACAUGUUUGCAUCGGUGCCAUAUUUUUAUAAUGAAUCAGUGGAUGGCCUCACAAGACAGGUAUUGCUGGCAUCAGGAGGCGAAGAUAUUGAUUAUGGUCAUACAACAAUAUUUGACUGCAUUUAUUGAAGGGGCUUAAAAGCUUAGUGGAAGCAAACAACACCAGGUGCAUCCGCCACCCACAGAAGAUUAUUGAUAAAGGAAAUAUACCGGAUUUUAUCAGAAGGUAAAUGCUUUACCGAAGCUAUCUUUGCCGUUAUGUAGUGCCCUUCCUUCUCUAAUAUCACUGCAGAAAUCAAUUGCAAACUAUUUAAUUUACAAGCUGUAUGGUUAUCAGGCAAACAAGUGUAGAUGUAAACUUUGUAUGUAAAGUUGUUAGCUUGUGCAUAAGACGAAGACAUCCUUUUUAGGGUUUGAUGACAACUAGAAGUUAAUUCUUGAUGUUCACAUUGUAAAAGGAAGCGUCAUAUGGACACACCACCAGUACAGCAGAUUGUAGAAUCCCAUACAAGCUACAAGCUAUUACAGCAAAAAUGUUUCCUGAAAUUAUAUGAGAUGACAUACAUUGUUUGUUUGUCUUGAUUCAUUCGUUUAAUUAUUUAUAUUUGAUGGGCUAUAACACUGAAGGCUUGUAAGCUA